AUGAUCCUCAUCUGUGAUCAUAAACUUCUCAUAUUUAACCUGCUGCUCAUCAUGUCAGUGGUGGCAUGUGAGAUGAAGGAGAUCUUGACUUUCACUGCUUAUGAAGGAGGAAAAGUUGAAAUACGGUGUCCCUAUGAGUCUGGAUAUGAAACACAUAAGAAAUAUCUCUGCAGAGGAAAAUGUCCAAUACACAAUAAAGACAUUCCUGUUGAAUCUGGAUCUGCAGCUAAAGACGAGAGAUUCUCUCUGACCGAUAACAGAACGACCCACAUCUUCACCGUCACGAUCACUGAUCUGAGAACAGAAGAUCAAGGACAAUACUGGUGUGCUGUGAAGAGGACAGGAUUUCUAAAAAAGGAUCUCUACACAGAGAUUCAUCUGGAAAUUAAACAUGUGUCUGGCAUGGUUGGUGUGGCCGGAGAGCCUCUGAACUUCAUCUGCAAUUAUGAAAGUGAUUUGAAGAACCAUGUCAAAUUCAUCUGCAAAGGAAGAGACCCGUCCCUCUGUAAGACAUCAGCUAUCAAAGUUUCAUCGGAGACAAACAGUAACGGUCGAUUCUCUCUGAGAGAUGAAGAAUCUGCAGGAGUUUUUACUGUGAAAAUCACUGAUCUGACACAAGAGGAUUCUGGGAUAUACUGGUGUGGAGCUGCAGAGAGAGGAAAAGAGCACAAGUGGAUUUCAGCCAUAGAUCUGAACAUUCAUGACGACCGUCAUGCAUUAAACCACGUCAUAUCAGAGUCUCCUAAAUCAACCACAACAGUUUCAGAUCACAGCAGGAAACCAGCGACAGCAGAUACUGCAUCUAACAGACCCGUCACAUCUGUGUUUCCUUCAUCAUCAUCAUCAUCAUCAUCAACAACAACAACUUCAUCUUCAUCAUCAUCAUCAACAACAACAUCAUCUUCAUCAUCAUCAUCAUCAUCAACAUCAUCUUCAUCAUCAUCAUCAACAACAUCAUCUUCAGCGAUAUUGAUGCUCUCAUCUUCUAAUAAUGCAGCGUCUUCAAAACCAGAACAAGGUUUUGCCAUGAUGGUCAUGUUGAUGGUCGUAGGGAUCCUGACAGGGUUUGGAUUCUCACUGUUCAUGUACUUCAGAUGGAGACAAAAGAAAGAAGGAAAUCAGCCCAGAGAUGUCGUUCAAGGCCCGACUGAGCAUCUGCCCAACAGAGAUAAUGAACCAAACAGAGACGUCUCUGUUUAUGAAAACAUCAGUGACACUCUUGAUCAUGCUGUCUACAGUUCAGUCCUUCCUGUAUUUGAUGAACACGACGCCUCUGUUUAUGCUUUAGCACAAUUACCCAGCAGCCCCUCUGACAAUCUCACCUACUCAUCCAUCAUAUUUUCAGCUGCACAUCACUCAGACAGGACUUCUGAUGGACAGGAAACAUGUGACUACACCACCGUUAGACCAUAAAAGACUAAAGGUUGAUUAAACCUGAAUCACACCAAACUAAGAAUGCAACUCCUCAAUCUCACUUGCUUUGUGGUUUUUAAAUCUGUGGACUUACUUUUAUUUUGGAUAAAUCAUUAUUUGAGACACAAGAUUGUUUAACAUAUGUUUGGUUACAUUAAUGACUGACCUUUAUUUAUAUCCAUAAGUUAAUUAGUAUUAUAGAACAAUAAACCAAACAAAGUACAUAGUGAGAAAGGAAAUGUUGUGGUGAAUUAAUUUAAUAAAAGUAAAAAUAAAAAUCGGAAUGAAAAGCUGAGCAACAAAGUAGUGAAUUCAGGUUAAUUGGGACAUUUUUCCCAGUCAUCCCAUUGGCAAAAAGAUUCCCAAUUUUCUUGAAUUCACUCUAUAUGACAGGCCGAAACAUCAAGCUAAAUAAUAUUCAUGAGAUUAGUUGUAUGGUUACGUUCAUCACAACCCAUCCAUAUCCGUGGCUAACCAUGCUUCUUUAUCAUACGCCGCAAAUACCACUGUUAUUAAAUUUGGUUCCCAGAUAGCAAAGUAUAUCUGCUAAAGAGUGCUUAACAUCUGAUAAACAUCUUAGAAAAAGCAGUUUUGCAUAAACUCUAAAUCAUAAACAUCUUAAAGACUUUUUCUAAAAGUCUAUUUAACAUCUGACAGGAAACAUCUUAGAGAAGUUUUACAGAUGAGCAAACAAUCUAAAAAAUACAUCUUGCAGAUGUAAAUGCAGACAUCAAAUAGACGUAUCAGUGAUGUACGUGUGCUAUCAGGGUCACCGCUUCGUCAGGCUUUAAAAUGAUUAACACAUGAAAUGAUGCUCUGAUUAGGACUCCUGAUGGCACACAUUCAUCUCAGACACGUCUAUUUGAUGUGUAUAUUUUCAUCUGGAAGACACAUUUUUUAAAGUAUUUGCUCAUCUGCAAUACCUCUCUAAGAUGUUCCCUGUCAGAUGUUAUAUAGACAUUUAGAAAAUGUCUUUAAGAUGUUUAUGAUUUAAUACAUAUGUAAAGCUACUUUUUAAAAUGUUUGUGCAUAGCAGAUGUUUUCCAGAUGAAGCGCUCUACACAAGACAUCUUGGAGAUGCAUGUGUUCAUUUAAGUGGCUGUAGCAAAGGAAAUGAUCCACCAGAUUUUUCCAUGACAUUUGCUUUUCUUCUGGGAGUCAUUCCAUGAUCUGGAAGUCUGGGAGUCAUAGCUUUGUGGAGGGAAAGGCGGUAUAUUUAGUAUUGUGGUAGAAAUUCCACUACGCAAAUGACUUAAGUUAAGCCAGGGCAUCUUCUAAUCAAUGCUCCUAAUCGAUGCUUACAAAAUUUAUCCUGUAGCGCAUGUCCUAGUCGAUGCCCUCUAUGAACACUAGCUUUUCAAUAUGCUUUAAUCACAGGAUCUCGGACCAAUUUCAGAGAAUUUCUUCUGACAGAGUACAACAGUUUUUAGGAGCAUGGCAAGGGUGACUUGAUUCAUUACAUAAUUUUUCUCCAACUUGAUUGGGUCUAGUUCUUUGCUACUAGGUAAAAGCAAAUGUGGAUAAUCAUGAGGUUAUAUAUAACAAAACUAGACACCAUCUAGCUGUCUAGUUUUGUUUCCUCUUGAUAUUUUCAGGCA